AUGAAUCGUGACCCGAAACUGAAAGAAAACAUCCACCGCCAACUAGUGGAGUAUCAAGCUAAAGGUUACGCAAGGGCAGCAACUCAAGCUGAACUCGAUCGUGCUGAUCCCAGGCGGGUAUGGUAUCUGCCACUGGGAGCAGUAGUUCAUCCCAAAAAACCGGGCAAAAAUGCGGAAGAGUUUGCCGAUCGUUAUCCGAAGGCAGUCCAGGCAAUCGUAGACAACCAUUAUGUAGACGACUACCUGGAUAGUUUCGAGAAUGAAGAGGAAGCGCUACGAGUAUCACAGGAAGUUAGGAUGAUCCACAGCCGAGGAGGAUUCCAGUUAAGAAAUUGGCUCACCAACGGAAAACAGGUUCUGGAAGGUCUGGGAGAAAGCAGCACAGAUGAAACCAAAAAUUUGUUCCUGGACAAAGGAUCGGAAUGCGAACGCGUAUUGGGAAUGCUAUGGAAUACGAGAGAUGAUGUUCUGUGCUAUUCUACUGAACUGAAAGAAGAUAUACAACAACUGAUGGACAGCAACGUACAACCUACCAAAAGACAAAUGUUGAGAUGCCUCAUGAGCUUUUUCGACCCACUGGGUCUACUCAGUGCGGUCUUAGUGCAUGGCAGAAUCCUCCUUCAGGAUGUUUGGCGAGUUGGAACGCAGUGGGAUGAGCCCGUUGGUGACGACAUCUGGAAUCGCUGGAUGAAAUGGAUCAAUGCGGUGAAAACAAUCGACCAAAUUAGAAUACCUCGCUGUUACUUUCGGCAAGCUACCAUGAGUAGCUAUGAAGAACUACAACUCCACAUAUUUGUUGAUGCAAGUGAGCUUGCCUACUCGGCAGUCGCUUACUUCCGAAUAGUAACAGCAAGCACAAUGCCGGAUUGCGCCCUGGUUGCGGCCAAAGCCAAGGUUGCACCCCUGAAACCUUUAUCAGUACCAAGACUAGAACUACAAGCAGCGGUAUUGGGAGCAAGGCUGAUGCGAUUCGUUAUCGACACGCACACGAUAACUACUACGAAACGAUUUCUAUGGAGUGAUUCUUCGACUGUUCUGGCUUGGAUACAUGCAGAUCACCGGCGUUACAAGCAAUUCGUAGCCUGCAGGAUCGGAGAGAUUCUUACGCUGACUGAUGCAGAUGAAUGGAGGUGGGUGCCUACGAAGAUUAAUCCAGCAGAUGCGGCUACAAAGUGGGGUAAAGGACCUUGCAUGCAAGCAGAAAGUGAGUGGUUUAAAGGGCCGGAAUUUCUACGCAGACCCGAGAAGAAAUGGCCCAGUUCGAAGUUCAUCUCUACGACUACUGCAACAGAAGAAGAACUCCGUCCGUGUCACGUUCAUCGUGAGGUCGUUGUACCUGGAUUAGAAAUCGAUUAUCAACGAUUCUCUAAGUGGGAGCGUGUGCUGCGGACUGUGGCUUAUGCCCUGCGAUUCACCAAUAAUCUUAAACUGAAGUGCAGCGGUGUACCAAUACGUCAAGGAAUACUCACCAAGGAGGAACUACAGGAAGCGCAAAUCACACUUUUCCGAUCGGUGCAGUGGCAAGUGUUUCCGGACGAAAUGGCAGCAUUGGCAGCUGAUCGAAGAUCUCCAAUAAAACCAUCAAGCGAUCUUCACUCGUUAUGUCCAUACCUGGAUCAGCAAGGGCUUCUACGAGUGGAUAGUCGUAUUAAAACAGCUAACAAGGUGGCACUAUCUAUGAAGUUCCCCAUCAUACUUCCACCAAAACAUCGGCUGACACUACUACUAAUCGACGAAUACCAUCGUAAAUACCGUCACGCUAAUUUUGAGACUGUUGUUAACGAAUGUGGGUAUGUAUCCACACUGGGAAUGCCCCACCUCCCGGAAUCAGUAGUUCUUUCAUCUUCCGGAGUUGUCCAUGCGGUAGCUGUUGCCGUUUCGUGA